AUGCCCGACCAUGUCUCUCAAAUCAACAGCAGUCCAACGUCUUUCGCCAAUGUACCGUGCCUCGGCGGCGGAAAGACAGGUAUCUCCAGAGAGACGUACGAUGUUCUUUACAACUUCAUUGAGGCCGAAUUUUCCCCAUAUUUCUGGAGUAAAUCCAUAUGUAUCAAUCUCAACGAUCCGCAGGAAAAAGCAACACAAAUUGCUUUGAUGAGGAGGGUCAUUGCUAGCGCAUCCGACGUGCAAGUGUGGCUACAAAGAAUUGUUGGUACUGGAACUUAUGCCUUUGAUUGCAUCAGGAAUUGGUACGCGGGGGCAGGUUACGGCAGAGAGGGUGGAUGGGAUGAAAGUAUGAUGAUGAACGAGCUUCGAAGCGGGCAAGCUGAGGCAGCAGUGUGUGGCAGUGUCUUGGACUUCUUCCUAAACCCUUGGUUUACGUCCGUGUGGAACGUACCGGAAGUCGUCAAGACUCCAAUUUACCUUCCUGGGUCCCAGAUUGGGCGGAGAGGGACGCAGUACUCCGCCUCUGGCGAGACUCCUAUCAACUGUAAAAGGGCUGCCGGUGAAAGCAUUUGGAUUGUAUCAGGCACUAUUGUUGACGACUACUCUGAUAAUGGGGUUGAUUAUCCAGGUCUUCCAGGGGUUGACUGGGGCGUUGAAGUCUCUGAGUCUUGCACAUCAACCAUGAAGGUUUGGAUCCAACAACUCAGAGACCUGAUUGGAGCCUCACAAUCUGACGCAGCAUCCGCAAAUUCUGACGAUCGGCUUUUAAUGCGUCGUCUCAUAACUGGAUGCGAUGAGGUCGAGGUGGAAAACAUCUCGGCUGGUCUUAAGCUGUGGCAAGAUCUUGAAGCUGGCGCACCAGGUACGGCCUGGUACCAAUCCUUGUGCAGUGAGAAUAGGCGCAUCUUGUUGCGCUUUUUUGAGGCGACUAUGCUUCCACAUAUGCUUUCAAAGAUCAUUUGCACAAGCAAUCGACGUUUACUCGGGACCGUGCCUCGAUCUCUCCAAUACGGAGACGCAAUAUGCAUAAUUCAUGGGUCGAGAUAUCCAUGCGUUCUAAGACCCACUGAGAACCCGGAAGAGUGGAAGCUUGUAGGUAAGUGCUACAUUGAAUGGCUCAUGCACGGCGAGGGACUGGAAAUGUCAUCGAAGCAGGAGUUUGUGAUCAUCUGA